AUGGUACCCGAACGGUACAAUGGAUCCACAACGGUCAGAGUGUUAUUGACCGAACGAUUUAUGGAUGGCGCGUCGAAUGUGAGACAAGAGCUCGUCUCCGAUUCCCACCAUGAGGCUCUCUUCUACGCGGAUCGAAAUCUCACCGUUUAUGCCCUUCUAAACGUUGUUUAUGAUGUAGAAAAAUUGGAUGGCCGACACAGAGAAUCCUUCUUGUCACGUCACGGACAAGAGCUUGCGAUGCUUUUCGAUUCGUACGAGAUAGCUUAUCAAGAUCGGAGUUUUUUAAAACCAGAAGUUGAAUGGGGCAAAGCGUUUGCGGAGAAACUCUCACAAAUCAUAGCCGAUUUUGUCUACACAAAAAAACUCGGCAAUCAUCCGCCAUUCACUCGCUCUCAUCGCUCCUUUAUUCGCGUCUCCAAUCGAACUAUUCAAUAUAGGACAUACGAUCAUGAAGCCUAUUAUUUUUGGCAUCAACUCCUUCCAACGAUCUCUCGUUUCAAUCUUCAUCUGCCCAAGGAUCGACAAACAAACGACACUUCACCGAAGCUUUUCGAUUUCACCGAUCCCUUUGAACGCUAUGUUUUUGAUAGU